AUGGAUACAGAUAAUAAAACCAAAUUAUAUAUUAAAGAUAGAAAAGUUGGGGAAGGGACUUAUGCUAUUGUUUAUUUGGGCAGACAACUAUGUACAAAUAGAAAAGUAGCUAUUAAAAAAAUAAAAAUUGGUCAAUUAAAGGAAGGUCUUGAUAUAUCUGCAAUCCGUGAAGUUAAAUUUCUUCGUGAAAUCAAACAUGAAAAUAUUAUAGAGCUUAUUGACGUAUUUUUAUCUAAAAGAAAUCUAAAUUUAAUUCUUGAAUUUCUUACAUCUGAUCUUGAAUUGAUUAUUAAAGAUAAAUCACUUAUUUUUUCUUCUUCUGAUAUAAAAUCAUGGUUACUUAUGACAUUACGUGGUUUACAUUAUCUUCAUUCUUAUUUUAUUCUUCAUCGUGAUCUUAAACCAAAUAAUCUUCUUAUUGAUGCAAAUGGUGUUCUUAAAAUUGCAGAUUUUGGGCUUGCUAGAGAUUACGGAAAUCCAUAUGUAAAUAUGACUAGUCAAGUUGUAACUCGUUGGUAUCGUUCUCCUGAACUACUUUUUGGUGCAAAAUCAUAUGGUACGAGUGUUGAUAUAUGGUCUAUAGGUUGUAUAUUUGCAGAACUUAUGCUUCGUACACCAUAUCUUCCUGGAAAUACUGAUGUUGAUCAACUCGAUACAAUUUUUCGAGCAUUAGGAACUCCAACAGAUGAAGAUUGGCCGGGAAUGCGCCAGCUUCCAGAUUUUGUAGAAUUUAAGCAAUAUCCAAAGCCCGUUAACCAUAGGGUUCUUUUUACAGCUGCGAGUGAUGAUGAAUUACGUUUAUUAGAAUGGCUACUAUUAUUUGACCCACUAAAACGUCCAUCAGCAAAACAAGCUCUUAAAAGUAAAUAUUUUUCUAGUUAUCCACGACCAACUCCUCCAUCUCAAUUGCCAAAAAGAAAUAUUGAGGAGAAUGAAGCAAGCUCUAUUAAUCUUAUAUGGGAUGAUAAUAUAUCUGGUACAAAGUUUGAUACAAAAUCUAUUGCACGUAAACUUGUUUUUUAA